AUGCAGUGCUUUCAGCACUUUGAUUUUGAUUUUCGUUAUAUUGCUGAGAUUGACGGAAAGGACCGAAAGGUUGCGAUUGAGAUGGACGAAGGGGGCUUAGCUGAAGAAAUUGAGCUUUUAGAGGCAAUAUACAUUGAAGAAUUGGAGGUUCAGAAGAAUGAAAAGAAUGAAGUUGACAAGAUUACUCUACAGUUACACCCAUCAACAGGAGAAGAUCUUGAGAAGAGAUAUGUUUGCAUGACUCUCAUACUUGGCUUGUCAACACAGUAUCCAGAUGUGCCACCUGAGAUCAUCAUUAAGAAUCCACGAGGGAUUGCCGAAGAAGAGAUUCUGAGUUUGAGAGAAGAUAUGCAUAAGUUAUGUGAGGAACGGAAAGGAGGUCCGGUACUUUAUGAACUGAUCGAGCUAGCAAAGGACAGUCUGACGGCAGGCAAUAUUCCACACUGUCCAUGCAUGAUUUGCCUUGAACAUUUCCACGAGGGUGAAAAAUUCACAAAGACCGAGUGCUACCAUUAUUUCCAUGAGAAUUGUCUGAUGAGAUAUGUGUCACAUGUUUUGACCCAGACUCCGGAGAUUGUACCGGUCCACUCUAUGCCAACUCCAGUCGCUAACAAGCUUGUUUUCCGUAAAGUCGCGAGGAAAUUUCCCUUGGGAAAAUUUUAA